AUGGCAGCUGCAGCUGGAAGCUUUGAAAAGGUGAAAACUUUCCUUGAGUCCAGAGGUAUAGAGUAUUUGUUGAAUUCGUUCAUCCUGAACAAAAUUGACGAUAAUGUGGCUCCUCAAGUUGAACAACAAAAGCUUGUGGAGCUAGGGUUGGCGUAUGGAGAUAUAUUAUCAUAUCGGCUGAUAUUUGCACUCCCUGUGGUUGAAGAGAAGUCCUAUCAUGAAAAGGCAGAUGAACUAAGAAAAAUAUUGAAAAGAGCCCACUCUGGGAAAUAUGAUAUUCAUAACCGUCCGAUAACUGUAAGGGAAACCUACAAAGUUAAUGUUGGAUUGAAGUGUAAAGAUAAGUUAUCAAAAUAUACAAUGAAAAACAACCAGAGUUAUUUGACACUAUUUAAUCGAUCUACAAAAUACCCUGAGCUACAUGACGAAAUACGUAAACACUAUGAUAUACCACAGAAAGAUCAAACAUUUGUUGGUAAUUAUAACGGUCACUCUCUGGAGCAAGAUUUCAUUGAUAUAGAAACAUAUGGUUUGAGUUGUAGAGACAAAAAAAAAAGGAAUACAAAUACAGAAAUUAUUGGACCAGAAGAAACAGUAAUAUCAUCUGCAUGGGCAGAAGGUACCUCAACAAUUACUGUGCCACCCAGCUUACCAGGAUCGAAUUUUGUUGACAGAAGUAUAUGCAGUGUUUGUUCUUGUACGUAUAUUGGUAGCUGUCUACGCUGUGAGCAAAAUGAAAGUUACACAGCAACUUUGCUAGCAGAUCAAACAGACAACAUUAUGACAGAGGAUACUUUUUUAGCAUCACCCGAUCCAGAUGCUGUGACAAAUACUGCCAAAACUGACAUAGAUGUAAACAUAGAAAAUUCUACUCUUCAAUCAACAGAGGACAGUUCAGCAUUUGGUGAUGAUGAAGUGAAUCGUUUUAUGGAAAAUUAUGAGACAGAUAAUUUUGAUAAUGCUACUCCACAGUUUGAAGAAACAGAAACUGAUUCUAUCGCAUUUAUGCAAAACUGUGAAAGCUACUUCACCAAUUUACCAAAAGUAAACACAAAGCAUAUCAUCAUACAACGAGAUUCACAGCGUUUUUGGCCUGUAUUAUUACGUCAAAAUUUUGAUCUUUCGUCUGAAAAAAUAGCUAUCAGAUUUGCAGGUGAACCCGGUGCUGAUGCAGGUGGACCGCUGCGCGAAUUUUACUCAUUGUCAAUGAGACGGUUUACCACUAUCCCUGGGGUAUUUUUCGGAGAUGACAAAGGAAUUUGUUUCAAAUUAAUGCCAGAUGGUGUAUUAAAAAAAGUAUAUUACAAGCUUGGGCAGUUAACAGGUGCAUCUAUUAUACAUGUUGGAAGAGGUCCCGAAUGUUUCUCUGAGCUCAUUUUCAAUGCAUUGUAUGAUUUGCCAUAUCCUGAUAAAAUAACACCAAUAAAUGAUGCAGAAUUCAAGUAUAAAUUGGAUAAAAUUGAGAGUGGCGAGAAUGAAGAUCUACUUGAUUUGAACAUUGUUCCUGUACCUGAUAUCGAACAGAACAAGCAAGUUUUUUCAAUCAGUUAUUUAGUGAUGAAAAAUCGUGCCGCAAUAUCACAAUUUGGAGAAGGACUAAAAAGUAUAUGUCCAGAAUUUAUGUUACAAUCCAAUUGUCACACUAUGAAAGCUUUUUUAUUGCCAGAUGAAAAGAUCUUAACUCUUGAUGAGCUUCUUGUUAUUCUAUGCUUUCACAACGUCGAAGAAAUUGGUUCUAAUUUACACCGUGAUAUUUCCAAUGCCAUUUGUGACUGUGAGCUGUUUUUAGCUGAUGUUGCUAAUGGAAACUAUGAUGAGAUAUCUCUUAAAGACAUACUGUUUUUAUUCACUGGAAUGGAUAAAAUUCCCAGAAAGGGUUUGGAUAAAAACAUUGAUAUUUUUUUUAACUGUGAUUUCAACUUUCCAAAAAUUUCUACAUGUGGACUUAAUGCCACUCUACCAACAAAAAAAGUUGAGCAUAAUCUGAAGAUUGCUGCUAAAUUCGGAGGGACUGGAUUUGGUGUUGUUUAAAAUAUUCAUGUUUUGUAUCAUAUAUUGUUGAAAAAAUGUUUUUAGUCUUUUUUUAAAUGAAAAUUUUGUUAUCAAGUUUUUUGGUAAUCACUUUUUUAGGACUUUUUAGUGUAACCUUAUAACCCCCAAGAGAU